AUGGCAUCUCCUCCAACGACUCCCGGGCCGGAGAUUCCGGAGUGCUCCGAAGAUUGGCGAUUCGAAGAAACCGGUGCACCAUGUGAGUGGGUCGAAGAGUACCGCCCGGGUGGUCUCCAUCCUGUCAGCCUGGGAGACACCUUUUGUGAGGGUAAGUAUAAAGUGAUCCGUAAGCUUGGAGCAGGAUGUUCCUCUACGAUAUGGCUAGUCAUCUGUGAAGGUAACAAUCUCUAUAGCCCACCAACAUACGUCGCUCUUAAGAUCACAACUGCAAAAUCGACCAUCACGAGCACUGAGCUCACAGUAUUGGACCACCUGCUUGCUGCAGCAGAUGAUUAUCCUAACUCAAGACACGUUACUAGGCUUCUCGAUCGUUUCACGCACCAAGGUCCUAAUGGCAUCCAUCAGUGUCUGGUGUUCGAAGUCAUGGACAUCGAAUCGCUUGAUCCGCAAGAGCUCAAACAGGACGAAGCUAAGACAGCUGUCCCUGUCCAGAGGAUCGAUGGAAAGAACGACCUUUGGGCACCGAAGAAUCUGUAUCUGAAGCAGUCACUGCAUCAGCACGUGCAGCUCGGCCAGGAUAUCUGUGUGAAGCUUUCCGACUUCGGUGCAGCCUUCUUCACCGGAAAUCCGCCUGCAAAAGCCAUCACACCCAUUGCACUCCGCGCGCCAGAACUCAUCCUCAACCAGCCCUUCAGCAGCGGCAUCGGCACCGGCAUCGACAUGUGGAGCUUCGGGUGCCUGGUGUACGAGUUUCUCACAGGCAGCAAGCUCUUCACGGUAAUGAUGUUUGGCUUCGACCAGGAAGACGUGGACGGCGCGGACGACGAACACCUGCUGCAGCUGAACGACAUCAUUCGCCCUCUACCGGAAGCCAUGAUGCGCGCAUGGCCACGCUCAAGCGUGUGGUACGACGCAGAGCACAACCUUUUGCAGCCCGACGAGGCCGCUGUCGAAGACAGCGGCGGAGAAGAAGCUGCAGCCGAGCGCGUGGGCCUAGAUGACGGGGUUGACAACGGGCUGCCGUACAUCUACGAUUCGCUUGAGACGAGGUUUGCAAAGAAAAAGCAUCCUGAUAUAGAUGAUGAGGAGGCGGCUGUCAUCUGUCAGCUUAUUCGGGAGGUUCUUAUGUACGAUCCUGCCGAGCGUGCUACCGCGGAGCAGCUGCUUAAGCACCCGUGGUUCUUGGAGUGAGCAAGCGAACGUGUGUACUUGCCACGGAGAGGUAUUCUAUGGAGCACGAGCUUAGUGUACUUAGCCUGGCGUUCGGACGUUGGGCGUAGAAGAAGAUCGGUAGAGAAAGGAUGGGCAACAUGAGCUCUAAAGGAGAUGUCUACCCAGUUUGUGAACAAGAAUAAUCAAACGCAACCUGAUUAAAAUUCGCUGCGCUCAUCCUCAUUUCGUCACAUCGCUGCCUCCACAAAUCACGGAAGGCUACAAGACAAGAAAUGGAAAACGGAGAGCACGAA